UAGAGAUAUAUCUAUUUUUAUUUAUCGUAAGAAAAUAAAUAACAUUUUAAAAAUCAUUUUGAAACAAGUAACAAUGAAGACUUGGUGCAUAUGCGAUAUCUGCACCUGCGGAUGGCACCGCUGCCCACACCUGCCUACAGAAUUAUUCAGCUCGGACACAGCCUCCUUCCUCACAGAAUACAACGAAAAAUUCUGUCCCUAUGGCUUCUCUGCGGUCAGACAACCACACAGAGCUAAGGAUGAGCUUCAGAUACACACUGGCAAAAUGGAAAACACAACAACCUUUCGGGCAGACUAUGUACGGCACAAACUCUCAAAAGCACCAACGAAGACCGUCAAGGAGUACAUCCAACCAGAGGGAGACAUGAUGCUGGACACCACCUAUUCCCGGGCGUACAUCUCACACCCAACUCAAUACCCGGUCCCCGCAGUCAAGCCAGCCAUGUACAGGCCAAGCUCUGCAAAUAUGGACGUCAUACCCACAUACAAAGAUGAUUAUCGUGCAUGGGAGAUUCCAAAACAGGAAGUCAUUAGAACAGCAAGUAAUCUGAAGCUAUGCAGUGCCAAGUUCAGCAAUACCACCGCCUUUCAGGAUGACUAUGGGGCCAGACUCCCAGUCAAGUCUGAAAAGAGUUACAAGCCAGUCCAAGAGGUCAAGGAGCCCAUGCCUUUUGAUGACUUGACAAACUACAAAGUGGAGUAUGUAUGUCAUGCAGUGCAACCUCGAUUACGCACUGAGAAGAAAGCCUACAAACCCCAGAAUGCCCCAUUUGAUGGCCUAACCACCCACAAGCGUGACUACAAGGGCUUAAUUGGAGCACAGACCAGACCUGUCAAGCCAAAGCUUGCGUGGCAGAAUACUGCACCCCAUUUCGAGGCGUCAACGGAGUUUCAGGACAAAUACAAGCUCUGGCCUGUGCAGCCAUCACAGCCACGCAAGAGUGUCAAGCACACACCCCCAGAGGGAGCCAUGGACACGAUCUCGACAACCCACGCGGACUUCGUAGGACACCAGGUUCAGCCGCCCAGGCCUGCACGCCCCCCAGUUCAGGAGUGGAAGAAGGGAGAGCCGUUUGACGCUCAAUCCACCAUGAAAGAGGAUUACCGACCAUGGGAAAUCAAGAAGAGAUCCCCAAUAGUACAAGUCGGGGAAAUCGAGAAGCCAGCCGGCCCAUUUGAGAGCACCACUACCUUCCAGGCUCACUAUGUGCCUCACACCCUGGCCCGUGCCACCAAUUACAAGCUGAUGCCAACCAUGCUACAGUCUCAGCCCUUCAAUGCUGAUACCACUUACAGUACCAGCUAUACUGCAAAGGAGAUCAGGGUCUGUCCUGCUAGCUUCCCUGUGCCACCGGGUUUUGAGCACGAAGAAACGGAUCCUCUUGGCCAUAAACUCUACCGCACUAUUUCGACCAGGGAUAACCACACACCAGCUGCAGUAACAAAAACAACCAGCAGACCAAACCACAACAGGACACCGUCCGCCAAAAAAGAACCAGCUAGGAGCAGUUAAAAGGGAGGACAGGUCAGUGUUGGUACUGCCAAUAUGCAAAUGCUUUUUCAAAGAUUUUUUUAACAAUGUAAAUCAGUAUUGUGAAUUUUUAUACAUCCGGACUUUAUUUGGCAACUUUGUUUUGGUUUUAUCAGCUGUGUUGACCGAGAUAUUGUAUUUUGAU